AUGGCACAAUGUUUAGAAGAUGCAGGUAUUGGUCGAUGGUUACAUAAAUAUGAUUUUACAUCUGAAAAAUUAAAACAAACAAUUGAAAUGAUGUUAAAUAAUGAAGAAAGAUUGUUUAGAGAAAAGAAUAUAAAACGAAUUGAAACAAUAAUGAAAUUAGAUGGUGAUGCUGAACAUGCAGUGGAUUUAAUUGAAAUGUUUGCGGAAUAUGGAAUAAAAUCAUUGGUACCAAUUAAUAAUUCAUUCCCAUUUUAUGCUUAUCAUAAUUAUAGAUGUGUAUGCAAUAUGACUAUUUGUUUUAAUUGGAUUAAAAUUAUUAUUUAG